GGGAGUAGGCGGGCCAUUUCUUGUUCUCUUCUCCCACCCAUCUCUCAGGGGUCUAAUCCGGGGGGUGCGAAAGCUGUCAGAAGUGGUUCAGGAAGUCCGCCGUUACGGAGCCACCAGAACGGAGUGAGGGGGUGGUAAGUAACUAAGCCCAGCGAGUUUCUCAGACCGCUCUAGCUAAAGGAAUCAUAAAGAUCAGACUAGGAUUUUUUUACUUCCUUCGCUCAGUGGUUCCGCCUUUAGCUUCCGGUUCCGGGGAGGGGCCGAGUUUUCUUCGAAGAUUUGGGGCUCCGCGUUCUAGCCGGGAUGUCCGUGGUAUCACUACUGCUGUUCGGGGGUUUGUGGAGCGCCGUGGGAACGUCCAGCCUGGCUGUCGUUACUUGCGGCUCUGUGGUGAAGCUACUCAAUACGCGCCACAACGUCCGGCUGCACUCACACGAUGUGCGCUAUGGGUCAGGUAGUGGGCAACAGUCAGUGACAGGUGUAACUUCUGUGGAUGACAGCAACAGUUACUGGAGGAUACGGGGGAAGACUGCCACAGUAUGUGAGAGGGGAACCCCCAUCAAGUGUGGCCAGCCUAUCCGGCUGACACAUGUCAAUACCGGCAGAAACCUACAUAGUCACCACUUCACUUCACCUCUUUCUGGAAACCAGGAAGUGAGUGCUUUUGGUGAGGAAGGGGAAGGUGAUUAUCUGGAUGACUGGACAGUGCUCUGUAAUGGGCCCUACUGGGUGAGAGAUGGUGAAGUGCGGUUCAGACAUUCUUCCACUGAGGUACUGCUGUCUGUCACAGGAGAACAAUAUGGUAGACCUAUCAGUGGGCAAAAAGAGGUGCAUGGCAUGGCCCAGCCAAGCCAGAAUAACUACUGGAAAGCCAUGGAAGGCAUCUUCAUGAAGCCGAGUGAGUUGUUGAAGGCAGAAGCCCACCAUGCAGAGCUAUGAGUCUAGAGCCUCUGAACCACUGUCACCACACAAUGUUCAUAGACAUCUGCUGCUGUUUCACCUUGGGAUCCCUGCCACAAGUUUCCCGGGUAGUGGACAUGACACCACUGAGAUGAAGAUGCACAACAGAAAAUGGCAGCUGUGUUUGGAAACUUCAGCCCUUCACAGUUGAAUUGGUUGCUUUCCCAGUCAGUUCCUUCUGAGUAGAGGACUUUCUGGUGAAGGGGCAGAUGCUUUUAUUUAGACUGAUAAAACUGAGGGGUACAUCCCUCUUAGCUGGGAAACUUUUACUCCUCAGGAGCUUAGCAUCAUGGAUUGUUAAUGUGUGUGACUUUUCCCCUAUUUUUCUUUCUCCAAAAUGAAAAACAAAUUUCUUAUUA